UCCUUUAUAUGGAGCAGCCCAGCCUGGAGCUGGAAGGUGGAAGGCUCUAGAAGACCUGGUGUCCCAGCCGAACUUCCCCAUGGCAUCAGCAACUCUGGGCCCGAAAUGGCAGUCUCCCCUGCCUUGCAACGGCCACAAGAUGGAAGUCUUCAAGGGCCCCUACAGUCUCCUAUUCUUUCUCCUCUUCCUGUUCCAUUCAGAGGCAGCCUGCCGCCCCUUUGGGAGAAGGCUCUACAAGAUACACUCCUUUAGAAUCUGGGAUGUUAACCAAAAGACUUUGUACCUGAGGAACAACCAACUUGUCGCUGGAUACCUACAAGUGCCAAAUACUGACUUAGAAGAAAAGAUAGACCUGAUCACCAUCGACCCUCAGACUGUGUUCUUGGGGAUCCGCAAGGGGACGCUGUGCCUGUCCUGUGUCAAGUCUGGAGAUGAUAGCAGGCUCCAGCUGGAGGCAGUUAACAUCACUGACCUGUACAAGAACAAGGAGCAGAACAAGCGCUUUGCCUUCAUCCGCUCUGACAGUGGCUCCACCACCAGCUUUCAGUCAGCCGCCUGCCCAGGCUGGUUUCUCUGUACAGUGAUGGAAGCUGACCAGCCUGUCAGCCUAACCAACAAUACAAAAGACUCCAGAAAGGUCACCAGGUUCUACUUCCAGGAGGACAAGUAGUCCUGCCCAGUCCUGCCCUGUCCUACUACUUCCCAGCCAUCAGUGGCUCCAGGAACUGCCCUCUGCCUAUGCUCAGGGGGCUCCUGGCUGUCACAGAGAUGCAAGGAGCAGCUUUAGCAAGGGGACUGUGGAAGGAAGCUCCCCGCCGACAGGACUCUGCCUCCAGCCUCUCGCGGACAGCCUCUGUGUCGCCUCUAGAACGGUCCUUCAAACAGCCCCAGCUCAGAACUCUUCCGUGCGCUCUGCCACUGCACCCCUCAGCACCCCGCUGCCUCUGGUGUCUGCACUCCCCAUCCCUCCUCACCCCACUGUCCAUUGCCAAACCCAGCAGGUCACUAGUGGACCCCACCGAGUGAUUCCCACCAGCCAGUGCUGGUCCCUAGGGAGGUUUGUCAUUGUUUCUUUCAUUGUGGGCACUGGGGAUCAAACCCAGGGCCACAUGCAUGCUCAAAACACACACACUGUACCACUGCGCUGCACGCCCAGUUCAUGGGGACAUUUUUAAGAAUCUGAGGAAACAGAAAUUCAGGAGUGUAUGGUGAUUUUAAAGCCAGAUCUAUUCAGUGUGGAAGAGAAUCCUUCAUUUGGAGGUCACACUCCUUUUGAGGGGCUGAAGGAUUACAAUGUUCCUCCUUCUAAAUCAUGUCAGAAAUGGGAAAGUAGGUGAUAGUUUUCUUUCUUUUCUGGUAAUAUCUCAAGUUGUAAAAAUUACAAGUUAGUGGACUACCUUGGCUCCCUAGUCUAUUUUUACUUUUUGAAGCAUUCCCAUAGUUGGGCCUCUCUGCCAGGGCCAAACACCACCGCUACUCCAGAUGGUCCACAGUGGCCUACGGUAAUGUCCCUCCACAGGAGUUCCCCAACUCCUCACUGUGCACAUGUGGCUCCCCAGGGUCCUUCCCUUGUAGCCAAGGGGGAGAGAACCCACAAAUCACUCUCUGGCCAUGUGGCCCUUUUGACAUUGAGAUGCUGCAGCAAGAUGGCUGCCCAUCCAUCUGUCCCCCAGAAUGCUGGGAGCUCCGGAGAGCAGAAAGCCUCACUGAGUCCUGACUCCCUGCAGGGCAGAGCACCGGGCCUGACCCUCAUAUGUACUCUGUGAAUGUGUGUUGUAUGUGGUAGGUGGAUAACUCCUUACUCCGUGUGGCGCUAGCUGUGUUUUACAGUAAAAUCUUGAAAAUGC